CUUAAACACUUCAGAGUUUCGAUUAUAUUUUUCUCUGAGAGGAAGAGCCACCCAAUCCAAUCAGAGGGAAAAGAUGGCGCCGCCGACGGGAGGUGGUGGAGACGGAGGAGCAGGAGGAGAGGGUGGAGGACGAGGAGGGCAGCAGCAACAACAACAACCUGGUUUUGGGCAGACCGUGACAGGGAUUAUAAGGAUGUGCGUCUUUUUUUACUUCUUGUCCAAAUUCUUUGGUCCCAAGAAACCUACUGAACCAUCUCAACUCAUCUCCAAUCUCUUCGAAAAGGGAGAGUCCAUGGAUAUGUGGGUAUACCUUUCUGACCUUGAAAAGUUCAGUGAUUUUAACAAUGAAGAUGCACUUAUUUGGCAUGAGACAGGUAUUCCUUAUGCCAUUUGGUCACCAGAGAGUACUAAGUCUCUUUCUCUGAAGUAUCAUCCCUCUGAGGCUUUAAAGCAUAAUGGAAGUCUUUAUGCUCAUGUUUUCUUCGCACGAUCUGGCUAUCCUCCAGACCCUACUGAUCCUGAGUACCAGCCAACUGCAGCCUUUGGGAGGAUGCACCCUGUUGUGACAUACCUGCCCAAGUCAAAAGCAGAUACAAGGAGGAAGCUUUUAAGUAAUUCCAAGGAUGCUCAGGAAGGUGAAACAGCAUCUCAGGUAGUUGAUGACAGUCAAGUUGAUCUUAAAGAUGAUGGCCCUGUCGAAUGGAUAUCAUAUUGGAAACCAAACAUCACUAUUAAUCUGGUUGAUGAUUUUUCACGGUAUCCUCACAAUGCUGUACCGCCCAAUAUUGCUCCUUACUUGUAUGUGGAGCCUAGUACGGGGAAUUACCAUCCCACGGUAUUUUUCAACGAGUUUUGGCUGCUUAGAGAGAAGUUGAUCCCAAUUAAUGAGUCAGUGACAGAAUUGCCCCUGAAUUUGGAGGUGGGUCCCAUAAGCAUGACAAAGUGGCAGCUAUUCUUGCAGAUUGAACAAUCAUUUCAGAUGCAGCGUAAUUAUGGGAGCAUGCUUGAAGGCGAGGGUGAUGAAAUUAAGAGGGUUUUCUUGGAAGGAAAUCCUUACUUCCUGGCGAUCACAAUGGUUGUUACGGUACUUCAUUCAGUAUUUGACUUCUUGGCGUUCAAGAAUGACAUCCAGUUCUGGAACAAAAAUAAGUCUAUGGAAGGAUUGUCCGCAAAGUCUGUUGUUGUGAACUUCAUUUCUCAGCUCAUUGUUUUCCUCUAUCUGCUUGACAAUGAAACUUCAUGGAUGAUACUUGCAAGCUCUGGAAUUGGUUGCUGUAUUGAAUUCUGGAAAAUAGGGAAAGCGAUGCACAUAGAGAUUGAUAGAAGUCGAUUUAUUCCUCUGCUGAGAUUCCGAGACCGUGAAUCGUAUGCAAAGAAUAAAACAAAGGAAUAUGAUGAUCUUGCAAUGAAGUAUUUGUCUUACGUGCUAUUUUUCCUUGCUGUAUGCUUUUCUAUUUAUUCGCUCAUGUAUGAGCCGCAAAAGGGCUGGUAUUCCUGGAUUCUUUCUUCACUCACAAGCUGCGUUUACAUGUUUGGUUUUAUCAUGAUGUGUCCACAAUUGUUUAUAAAUUACAAGCUGAAGUCUGUGGCUCAUAUGCCGUGGAGGCAGAUGACUUACAAAUUCCUCAACACCAUCAUAGAUGAUCUAUUUGCCUUCGUCAUCAAAAUGCCAAUGCUACAUCGCCUCUCUGUCUUCCGAGAUGAUCUUAUAUUCUUGAUAUACAUAUACCAGAGGUAUAUUUAUCCAGUGGAUAAGAAGCGUGUAAAUGAGUUUGGUUUUGGUGGUGAGGAUGAUAAGCCCUCUGAUGGUGCACAAGCAAUUGCAGACAAGGAGGACGACAAGAAAACCAAAUGAGGGGGGUUUCUUGGUUAUGCUUUUUGGAACUAGGUUACGAUGUGACUGUAAAAUUCAAUUAGAAUUAUGUUACUUUUAUUUAUUUCUUUUUCAUAUUCUGAUAAGGUUGGCUAUAGGGUCAUUUCUUUUUUUUUUGUAAGAAUUUUUGUAGGGUGUUACAGUUGACUACAACUGACUGGAUUUGUCUCCUUGUGGUGGUUCUUUUC